AUGCCUUUUCAGAAGGGCGUCUUAGUCAACUGGGAUGUAGAGAAGCAAAUAUGGGAUUACAUAUUCGGCAAGGAAGUGAUGAAGGUAGAAAGACAACAUUCCAUGCUGGGUGACUAAGUUAGAGUACUCCCAUUGUAUGCAAUGGAAGUUUUUUGUUACAAGCUUCCAAACCGGGGUUGAUUGUGGUUGCUUUAAUUUUGCUGAGUGAAAUAAUAUCGCACAUGUUAAAUAAAAUAUAGCUUACCUUUAUGUUAUGUAUUUUGUGGUUCAAUUUCAUACUUAAAGGCUUAAAUUUUGGCUUAACUGCAGAAUACCCUGCCACUUAAAAGCAACACCUAAAAAUAGGGGGAUACGCGAAUACACGCCCGGAUACUCAGUCCCUAUGUAUCCGCGUAUCAGAGUAUCCACUUUGUCACUACGUAUCCGUGUAUCCGCAUAUCCCUUUAGUAUUUAUUUUUAAAAUAAGCCUGUUAUCAUAAGAGCCGAUCAAACAAUGGGUACAUUGCGGACAUUAAAUUUGGUUAAUUACAAUAAUAUUACCUACAGAAUUGGAUAACUUCAAGUUCUGUUGCCCAUUAAUCAUGACUAAAAUAGGAGAUAAUGAUUUGUGAUAAAUUCAGUCUUUGUUUGUAAAUUACAACACAAGUUCUACCGAUUGAUUUUUGCUAGCACUGAAGUUAGUAUUGCUUUUAGAAAUAUUUGAAACUUUGUUGAUCUAAUCAAGGUUGACUUUCCUGAAACAACGCUCCUUCUGACUGAGCCGCACUUCAACUUUACCUCUAUCAAAGUAUGUUUGUCUCAUAUUUAUUGUAACUUGUAAUUUUGAUUGCUACAGUAAUUUAUAUAAAGUGGAAAUUGCAGUAAUCUAUGCACAUGUACAUGUAGUUGAAACCCAAUGAAAGCUGCUUUGUUCUUUAGUCCAUUUUAAAUGCAGGCCAGAGUUAUAGAAUAUGGGUAAUUUAAUGCAGUUAUUAAAAAUUAUUUUGGUAGGCUAUAAUUUCUAAUUUUCAAGCAAUAGUUUAAUUUUCUUUUAAGCAAUAGGUUGUAUUUAAUGUCAUGGUUUGAUUUUUUGAUUGGUCAAUAUUGUUUUCUCUUUUUUGGCUGUGUGCUACUGUGUGAUGUAUCAGGCAGUAUAUAAUGGAAAUAGACACUGACUUGACAGUGACAGUAACAUCAGCCAACAACAUUGACAUCCUAAGUUUUUGGCCAACUGUUGAAGUAAUAUAUUUGUUUUCUUAGGAUGCCAGUGAUGAAAUUUUAUUUGAAGAAUAUGGUUUCAAAGCUCUUUGCCGCACAACAGGUAAAUUAGAAUAAAUAUUGGAUAAAAUACAUGAUAAUUAACUUUGCCAUUUCAAAAAAUGCAUAGAAUGCUUAAUUGUGAUUUAAUUGAUUGUACUUGUUUCAAAGCUGCUCAGUUGAGUGCGUUUAAAAGCCAUAAUGAGGAAACCGAGAAGCACCUUGUCUGUGUGGUGGUAGACUUAGGAUAUUCCUUCACUCAUAUUGUUCCAGUUUUCAAUGGGAAAGCUAUGAAGAAGGGUGUAAAACGGUAAGUUGUCAACUAAUUGAAGUCUCUAAUCCCGUUGAGUCCCAAGAGUGAUCAACAGGAAUUUUCUCCAAACAGUAUCAAUAUGUAAACACGAGAAAAAGUUAUGAGAAUUAAUAAAGUGAUCACCAAAAGAGCUGUGAGGUGCGGCAAAGAGGGUGGAACUGGCUAGGUCACAUACUUAAGAGAGAGUGUGAAGGACUGCUUUACAGCAUUAUGAUGGACUCCCGAAGGUCGGAGGGGGAGAGGAAGACCAAAAUCUUCUUGGAGAAGGACAGUUGAGAAAGAGUGAAACAAAGUGGGGUGGAAGAGCUGAGAAGUAGCCAAAGCGGUUGCACAAGACACAAAUUAGUGUUGGUCAGACAGCGUGGAGGCCUUAUGCGCCUACUGGUGUGAUAAGACAUGAUGACGAUGAAAAGGGAAAAUGCUUUCAUUGAUCUUUUCUCAAUUCUCUUAACAAAUUCUUUAAGGAAAUGUUCAUGGAGAUCAGUCUGAAGAAUUUGUUAAAUAUCGAGAUGCUGGGGCUUAAAUGAUUAAUAAUCCGGUUAUAUAUUUCCAAGAUAUAAAUAGCACAAGAAUGUUAUUUUGCCCUCCCUUACAGAUACUCACUGGUACUUGUGUAUUAAAGGAACUGAAGACUAAUGUACUAUGGCCCAGUUUAUUUCAAGCCAUUAAAUUACAAGUGGCUUUUCUAAUUCUUUAUUAUAGCCCCAUUAGUGACCCACAUCCAAUUUCUCCCAACAAUAACACUGCCUGAUCAAACAGACAGGUCAUGAGAAUGGAGGAAAUGAUCACCAAAGAUGAAAUGUUGUGAUGUUAGAACAAAUUCUCUCAAGCAGUACCAUAAAGAAUGUAUGAAGAACAGUGUGGAGAAGAUACAUGUUGAUGUUGGGGCUAGUAGGUCUAUGGCAAAAAUGACUAAGCUGCUGUUAUGAUGUGUUUUUUUUUAUGAUGGCUAUUUUCAUCUUAGUCUCCCUCCCAGCCGUUUUUAGUGACAAUAAAAAUGGCUGUGAGGCAGACUACUUUCAUUUUGGAGCUCCUUCUUGAAGGCUCAUAGGCUGAAAGCUGUUGAUUAUUCAAUCAUCUUUGAUGUGCAAUGUAACGUUGUUUGUAAUUUCAUGUAUGCCAUAUACUUAGAUGUGUUUUUCCCAUGGAUGUUUUUGCAGAAUUAAUGUUGGUGGUAAAUUGUUGACAAAUCAUCUAAAGGAAAUCAUAUCCUACAGGUAAAUAAAACUGGUUUAUGAAUAAAGACAAAGUAUGGAGUUUACGUCUUACUCAUUACUCAUAAUUACUUGUGUUUAGAUGUGUAUAGAGAUGUAAAAACAAACAAAGUGGUUAAGUGGAGAUAACUCACAUGCAUGUACCAGCUGGGAAGUUGGUCAGCCCAGUUUUUUCCCUUUGGUGAUGACAAAUUUUCUGAGGUUAAAAGUUGCAUUAUGAAAAAAAAUUUCACGUAAUGAAGUGCCAAUGGAGUCUAAAAAUGUGUUUGUCAUAACAAGGAUAUGUUGUCAGGACUGUAUAUUUUAACACGUUACUAUGACUGAGGCAUAGAAUCAUGGCAAUAGGAGUAGACAUACCCUUGUAUGAUCUUACAGGAAUGGAACUCCAGCCCUUUAAAGUUUUACAUAUAUGCCACCAGUGCUGCUAUAAACCGUUGUGCCCCCUCACUUUGCAUUUCAUUCCUAUGAGGCUGUAGAAAAUUAUUUGCUUAUAAUACUGGGAUAGUCGUAAUACAGGUUUGGUUGUAUUGAGGUACCAAAUAUACAUCUACUACCCUGUGUAAUGACUUUGCUAUGCUAAGCCUGAUUGGAAAUGAAGAAACAGAUGCCAGAGUCCAUGUGCGAGCUAUUUAUUGCGAGCACAUAAAAAAGCACGUUGUAAUACAGGAACCCUAGGAUACAUGACAAAAUCAUUAUUAUAACGUGUAAUGCAACAGUUAUGUGACAACUUGACCUUAACUUUAGAAAUUGGAUUUCAGUAGUGUUUUUUAACCUUUUUUCGCUCUUAGAGUGAAAAUUAGCUUGUCUCUAACUUUUGAGUUUGUGAACAAAAUCCUAUAGUUUUUAGUAUGACCAUUCAAUUAUUGAAACCUCUUUGUCAGUCUGUUCACAUAGUACCAUUUGUGUUUGACAGCAGAUUGCAUAAUGUAAUACAGAAAUGUUGGUGAAUUUUGACUUUGCCUUUUUUGCCUUCUUUUGUUACACAGCUGUGUAACAAACGUGACUCACUCUACAUACUUGUUUUUUAUUAUUGUAUAUUGCAUGGUUAUCAUUUGCAAUGUACUGCUUGUUGUUACAUUCCUACCUUAAGUGAUUCCUUUUUCUGAAUUUGCAGACAGUUGCAUGUCUUAGAUGAAACAUAUGUGAUGAAUCAGGUGAGAAAAGAUCAACUUCAUAAACACUCUUGUGAUUUGAGUGAUGUAUGGCCAUCACUUUUGCCCGUGGGAUUUUUUGUUCUUUUAAUCUGACAAAUUCCAGUGAGCAAAUGUGAUGGCUAUAAGAGUUAUGCUGCAAAUGAAUCCAUCCAAAGUCUCUAGCUUUUAAAAACUGUGUUAAACAUAAGGUGAAAAGGAAACUCACACUUUCCAACCUUUUAAGUAAGUAAAAUUGGGAUAUUUUUCAAUCACUGAUGAAUCUCACCAGCACUAAAGACUCAAACUGCAAGGGGGUUGUGGGUGCAUGCUGCCCCAGAAAAUUUUGCAUCUUAAUGUUCUGAAAUGCCAUUUCUAGUGUUCUGAGAGGAUAAAAUUUUUCUGUCUAAAAUGUUUGCUAAAUUGAUUGUCAUUUUCAUUCUUAUUUACUUGUAUGUUUGUAUCUGAACCGAUACCAAAAUCGCGAUUUUUCCUGUCGUGAUUGCAUAUUGGUCAGGAUUUGGGAUUUUCAAGCAAAAUUGCGAGAAUCCCGAUGAGAUUGGGAUGGUUGGACAGUCUGGAAACUGCAAUGUACAUGUAGCUUAAAUAAGAUGCCAUACAGGAACAAUGAACUUAUUUCAUGUCAGCUCACAAACAACAAUCAUUGCUACAACUUAUGCCUACGACAGUUGUACUCUAGAUAAUCAUGAAUUUUGAUAUGCAUGGUCUUUUUUUGCAUUGGUGUGUUUAACUUUUAGUGGACUUUUAUUUCCAAAGUCAGUUCCUCUAAAUUGAUUUUAGCAUUCAAGUAAAUUUUUUAAAAUUUAAUUCAUUCUUGGGGCAGGUCAAAGAAGACACUUGUUAUGUAUCUGACAACUUCUUGAGGGACAUGAAUGUUGCUAAGUAUGCAAAAGUUUAUGUGUUAUUCCUCUUCUAGAAGAAGUUUUUGUUUCAUCAUUCUUUGUUGUAAUUAUAGUUGAUUUUAUUUAAUGCACUCCACUCAAAUUAUAACACAAACAAAAAAAAAGAAUGAAACAUACAUGCAUAAUAAGUGUGAUGUCCAGCAUUCUUUCAAGUAAAAAAUAUAUUUAUGGCACAUGCUUUCUUUGGCUUAAUUCUGUGUUUAGGUUAAGGAGGAAAUUGAUUGAUUAAGGCAUUUUUUACUUGCCCUGUAGGCUAAGAGGGACAAAAAAUUCUGUAUUGCGGGACUAUGUUUUACCUGACUACACACACAUAAAGAGAGGCUAUGUUAAGGUCAGUGGGAUUCAUUGUUUUAAGGUUUUGUGUGGUUUUGAUGUGGAUAAUGUAUUAUUUCAGUGCAAAAGACAACAGACAGAAACUUUAAGGAAAAAACAGACUGAUAGUCGAUUUUUAUGAAGGUUCUUUCAGAGAGAUGCAAUUUUAGUCACAGUCUCCACUAAAAUAGAAGGUUCUAAUUAAUUUUAACAAAUUAGGGGCUUGUCAGUCGGAACAUUUUGUCAAUCAUAGAUGUGAUUUAAAUAAAUGUAAUUUACUAUUCUCUUUAUGGCAAAAAGAACAAGGAAUCUUCAUAACAUUAUAUGUGCUGGCAAGCCUCUAUAAAUUUUAAGCUGAGGUUAUUUAUCUUCUUUCUUUUUUCAGUCUGCAACAGAAAUGUUGCUUGGAUCAAAGAAAGAGAAUGAACAGGUAAUUGUUCAAUAUGGUUAAAUCCUGUCGAGUGUUUUGACACUGGGGUGAGAUAUGAAAUAUUCCCUCGCCUAACACUUUUUAUGGUCAAGUACAAAUCUCACACCAGCGGUUCUUUAAAAGCAAUUUUGAUUAAAAAAACCGAAUGUUUUGCAGUCUAUUAGAUGUUUAACUCUGUGAAUUAGUGAGAAAAAAAAUGAUAAUCAUUUUGUCCUGUUACUUGCGUAGGUAAAGAAACAGUAAGGCCCUGAACUUAAUGAAGUUAUGUUUCCAUAUAUGUAAUACCUUGUAACGUGUUUUUCCCUUCUCUUAAAGAUCUUACGAAUGAACAAUGAACGAUUUGCUGUUCCAGAGUUGCUUUUUCAUCCAUCGGAUAUAGGUAAGGAGUCAAAAGAACAAAACUUGCUGCAAACGUGUAUUUAUAGUAUUUAAUCUGUCACCGGUGGGCUUCCAGUGGAUUGGAUGCACCCAUUACCUCCAUUUCUGGGUUUCUCGGAGUUUUUUCCAAUGGUAACGGAAUUCUUUUGGCUUGUAGGAAUCCAAGAAAUGGGAAUCCCAGAGGCAAUUAACCACGCCAUAGAACAGUUGCCAAUUGGUACGUGAUUUAUUUGUACUAAAUGUUGUGGUUGUACAGUGCAGCCUAGCUCAAAAACUGCCUUUACUCCUAUGUUGCUACAGAAUCAUUUAUUACUAAACUGUUUCCAUGACUGAAUGUUGUCAGUGCUAUAUCAUAAUUACAAAUUAAGACUUCUAUUAACAUCCUCUGUCUUUAAACUCAAAAUUAAUUUGAAUUGGAACUCUCCAGCUAGUCAGUAUUCCCUUUCUUUUGUUGUAAGUUACCGAUUAAACUUUAUAAACAGCGCUCGCUACGUGCUCUUCAUCAUUGCAGUCCUCAAAAAUAAUGGCAGUAACAUUUCGAAUAUGAGUGGCAUCAAAACGGAAACGUCAAUCUGUCUCUUCAAACAGUUGCUUUUUUGUUUUUAUUUUUUCUCAAUAUCGGUUUUCAAGGCGCUAAGGUCGCCAGCCUCACGCACACACCUUCUCAAGUAAUAUCCAAGGAAAUAGUAGCCAUCAAAAACUGUAAAAUUCUGGGGUGGCAAGAAAGUUAAUGAGCCAUACAAUCUUUUUAACAUUUCACUUGUUUCGGAUUAUUCUUCUUUUAAAACGUUUUUAAAAGAAAACAAUUCGAAACAGUUCAGUACAUCGCGCACAAAUUUUUAGAGAUUAGUAGCAUUACUGUAUACUCAUACAUGUUUUUUCCAUAGCUUGAUCAGAGACUAAAAAGCAUAUGCUAAUGACAGAAGCAAAAAAUCAGACAAAAAUCAGUCGAGUCUUUCGGUAAUUCAAUAGUAGGAUCCUUUAAGGAAAAACGACUCUUUUGUGAGAUACCCGUCCCGGGAGGACAUUUGUAACACCUGUUUCUCCAUUUUCUUUCAGAAAUGCAGCCGCAUUGCUACAUGAACAUACUACUAACUGGAGGAAAUUCUCUGUUCCCUGGAAUGAAAGAGAGAGUGUAAUUAACCACCUUUUUCUAAUAAUCAAGACCAUCGAGCCCUGAGAGCAAACUUUUAGCCAGCUCAUAGGCAACUAGGCUCGUUCUGCAGCCGUUUUGAGGAAGUCGUUUACCAGCAGUUUGUAUCCUCCUCCCAACAACGUUACAAGGGCGCAGGAAACGACUGGAAAUCGAGCCUAACAGCGAACCAUAUCAGCGCAAUAGACAUUUCCACGUUUUAUUUUUAACUUUUGACAUGGAGGGGCUGGAGAAAACCGUCGACAUCCGUUGGAAAGAGCGCCUUUAAAUCAGUAAAGUGAUCUGUCGAUACAAAGGUAUAGCUCCUCUGAGACACGAAAUUUUACAUUUGUGUGUAUGGUGGUGGGGGGAGUGGGGGGGGGGGGCACAAACUUGCCCCCCGCCUUAGAAACGUUUGUAAAUUUUCGUAACUUUGCGGAGCUGCAUCUUCGCUCGUUUAAGACUCAUCACUUUCAAACUUGGCAAUUUUACUGAUAUAAAACCGCCGCCCGGUUAGCUCAGUUGGAUAAGCGCCAGUCUUCCGAGCGGGAGGCCGCUGGUUCAAGUCCCGGCCGGACCAACACUCAGGGUCUUUAAAUAACUGAGGAGAAAGUGCUGCCUUUGUAAGACAUCUGCAAACGGUUAGACUUUCUAGUCUUCUCGGCUAAGGACGAUAAACCGUAGGCCCCGUCUCACAACCCUUGCAUAUAUAAAUUCUGUUGGACUUUAAAGAACCCACACACUCUUCGUAAAAGUCCCCAGUGUGGUGGUCUAUCUCUCAUGGGGGAAGGGACUGUUACGGGCCCGCAGUAAUUGGUGUCAUACUGUUGCGGUGACCCUGCCAAUAAUUGGCGAAUCUAAUAAAAUAAAUAAAAUAAAAGCGCUGUUUCCUUGGUGUCGACGGAUUUUCCUUAACUGUUGCAUGUCAAAUGUUGAAAAAACCGUGGGAAGGUCUAUUUUAUUUGAUUUCUACCCUUCUAGUAGUGCGUAAAGUUAGAUUAUUUUCUAGGAAUAAUCAGAACUAGAACCAACUUAAGUAUUGAUUUUAUUGUGAAUCUGGGCGAGCUUGGUAGAGGAAUGUUAGACGUUCAGCAUGUAGACUCGAUUUGAAAGCAAGCUUUAUGUGCUCCUUUUUAUAUAUAUGUAAGUCUAAGGUAGGGUUGCGUUAUCUUCAUAUCUCACUUUUUAGUAUGCGGUAGUCGUUUUUAUUCAUUAUGUCAUCUCUACUGCAGUCUCGGGCCUUUAUUGUAAGAUACAUAUUUUACGCUCUUUAACUAGACAAGAUACGCAUCAGUCAAUUACUUGACCCUGUAUAUAUACUAGUUGAGCCUCUUACAGUUGUGUUGUUUAAGGUUAUUGUCUAGUUUUCUCCACAUAUUUCCUCACUCACUCUUGUUUUUACGUAUUGAUUCUGGGUCUCUGACGCCUUCAAGGAGGUCGUCAUGUGAUUCCUAGUUCUCUAAUCCCGUUUUUCGUCCCUUUUUAGAUUUUCUGAAGUUCGAUCUCUUGCUCCCUGUGAUGUCGAUGUCGCUGUUCAUUGUCCUUCAAAGUAAGCCAUGAUUUUGUAGUUAUGUUGCUAGUUAUGUUUCCUUACCCCCCCCCCCCCCCUCCGCCUCCCCCUCCCGCUUGAUUCCUAUUUUCUGCUUUCGUCCCAGCUUUCUUUACUAGCUCGCGCGGAAACGCUUGCUACACAAGCUACAUAAGGGCCAUUUUGUGUUAGGUUAUUACCAUACUGGUUCCCUGAGUGAGCUGCUGAUUUUUUUUUCUAUCAGUAGUUGAAGUAGCUAGUUCUUGUAUUUUCAGAUCUAGAAGCAAUGUGCUCUUAGCACAAAGCCUGAUCGUUUUACCUUUACCAACAUUUCGUAGCGUAAUAUGCCUUGUAAGUUGAGACUUUGUUGCGAUUCGUCGCCAGCCAGUGAAUUAAAUUUUUAUAUAGUCCGUUAUAUUAAUUUUCACGUUAUAAUAUAGUAGCGAAUCCAAGAAUAGACUUCAAGAACUUUGUCCACGAAGAAUUUGCGACUAUUGAUGCUAUGUUUACUCACGCUAGAGAUUUUUCGGAAUAUGCGGCUGUCCCCAGACCCUUAAAUCUUCAGCUACACCAUAGUGUAAUUUAAUGGUGUAAUACCCGAGCCACUACUAUCAUCGUUACGAGAAAAUCGUCUUUGUUCUAGGCCUAUAACGCAUGCAUGGGAAGGCGGAGUUUCCCUGUCCAAGACAGACACGUUUCUUAAUAAGAUGUGCGUCACUAAAGCGGAGUACGAUGAACAUGGCAAGAAUAUCUGUAGAGAAAAAUUUGACUCGUAACGUCAUGGAUACACAUCGCUCAGAACUGAUGCUAUAACUAUGCGCCAUGAAGAGUCAAAGCAAAGACGGUAAAAGGCUACGAGGAAGCUGUCU